AUGGCGGUGACGGUGUUCUUCUUCAUCACCGGGUACGUCGUGUACAUCGGGUACGCGGACAAGGUGAACGAGCCGGAGUUCGGGUACUGGACGUUUAUCAAGAAGCGGUACAUACGUCUCGUCCCGAUGCACUGGCUCGCGAUCCUCGCGUUCGCGCCCAUCGUGUACGUAAACUACGCCACGAUUCGCGACGACUACUACCUGUGGCAAAAUAAGAGCUCGGAGUAUCACAUGUGGGCCGGGUGGAUCCUGAACCCGUUCUUCAUGCACACGUGGAUAUUCAGCUCGAUGCAUUACUGGAACGCACCGAUGUGGAGCGUUUCGACGCAGUGCGGGUUCUACUUCCUGUUCCCGUUCCUCGCGCGGCGGAUGCUUAAAAAGAUUGACAAGGAAGAGACGCACGUCGCGCAGGUCUAUACACUGGUCACCGCCGGGCCCAACGCGGGUCGAAGCGCCGGCGUCGUCGCGGAGCUCGACGCGAAGAAGAUCGAUCGAAAUUACGUCACGCGCGCGCGGUGGCUGUUCUUUUGGUCGAUCGUGAUUCCCGUGUGCGCGAUGUCGUUCUUCAUGAGCGAGACGUUCAAGAAGGAGUGGGCGGACCCGGACGCGCCCGACACGGAUCCGGGCGCGCUCGAGGAGGAUUUCAACAUCGUUCGCGCGUACUUCAACGCACGAUCCUGGCCGCCGUUCCGCCUCCCCGUGUUCAUGCUCGGGAUGCUCUUCGCCGCGAAACGCGUCCGCGCGCAUCGCAACGGCGACGCCGCGAACCCAGACUACGUCGGAUACAUCGGCCAGCAGACCGACUCCCUCGGGUGGAAACUCGCGCUGUGGUGCGUCGUCUCCUCCGCGCUGUCGUGCGCGUACGAAGACCAGAAGAUCAACGUGCGAAUGUUCAACGAAUUUUUCCUCACGCUCGCGGUCGCGUACUUCGUCUACGGCAUCACCGUCGCGCCGAACGACAGCUGGAUCGCGCGCGUGGUCCUCAGAAACCGCGUCAUGACCUUCCUCGGCGGGUUAACCUACGCCGCGUACGUCAUGCAGUUCGUCGUGUGGAUCUACGUCAACGUCGUGAAAACCUCGCGGCGAACUCCACGGUGCCGGAGACGUGGUUCGACUGCUUCAAGCAGAACCCGGGCGCGCAUUGGAUGGACGUGCUCGUGA